AAAUCAACUCGGUAAAAGUGGAAACGUUGAUGACAUCACUCAGUGCUCGACGCUUAGGCCACUGUAUAUUUUCCACAUAGGUGUUACAACUUCCUUUCAUUUUGGUCCUAACUUUAAGUGUUGUAGAUUGUAACAAUGUCUCAGGAUGGUAGAACAACUGGGCCCCAAGGAGAGGAAGGAGCUCGACAACCUAACCUCCAACACCAAGCAGCAUCUAAGAGAGUACAGCAAACACAAGCUCAAGUUGAUGAGGUUGUGGAUAUCAUGAAAACCAACGUGGAAAAAGUCCUGGAACGAGAUCAGAAAUUGUCUGAAUUGGAUGAUCGUGCAGAUGCAUUGCAGCAAGGGGCAUCACAGUUUGAACAACAAGCUGGUAAACUGAAGAGAAAGUUUUGGUGGAAGAACUGUAAGAUGAUUGCUAUAAUGGUUGGCAUUGGUGUAGUUAUCAUAGUGAUUAUAGUUGCUUGGGUAUAUAGCGGCUGAAGAACUGUUUGUCUGCCCUCUGUCGAUACUGAAGCCCUUGGCUGAGCACAGUCAUAUAUAUAUAUAUAUACCAUUGGGCAAACAUGCAUCGGGAGAAGGGAGUCACUAUAUUACGGAAACAAAUUCACUUUUUUUUUACAUCUUUUUUACUCUCCCAAAUUUUUUCUUCAGUUGAAAGAAGUUCAUAGUAACUGCUAACACUUGUUAAUAAUUACUCUGUUGUCUUACUAAAAAGUUCUUCCAUUUUAAAGUGAAAAUAUUUUUUAUGCGGUUCACUUUUACAGGUGGGUAAUAUCUGAUAAAGUAUUAAAUAGGUAACACUUUUGAUUAAUUCUGAGGACUUUUAACUGAUACUUUGCUGCUUGUGAUAUCGUAUCUUUCCUGGAAUUUGUUUCCAUAAUACUGAUUGUUAUAGUGAUCUCAUAUUUUCAAUAAAUGGUUAGGAUUUAUUAGAGUAAUCUUUUGUUAUUUCUGUGCUCUUGUCUCUUAAUUUACUUGUGGAUGUGGAAUGUAAGGAAAUUUGGGUUGAUGAAGUUUUUGUCAUUUGUUAACCAUGUUAGAAAUGUAAAUGUUUUUAAUCUUUAUAUUCUGUUAUUUCUAUAAAAAAGUUUUAGUUGUAAUUUCACAUGCUAAUGAAAGCUUUUCUUCUUUUUAUUCUUCCCACUAAUACUUAGAGUGGUGGUUCAUUAAAUCUUUGUAUUUUUGCAAUAUAGACCUUAAUAGUUAGUUCUAUUUCUAUCCACAUUGUUAAUUUUAAGUCUUUUAAAUUUAGAAGCAAGGGAAUAUGUUCUUGAAAGUAAAGCUCUCUAGAUUUAAAUCAACAUUUAUUUAAUAAACCGGUAUUGAUCAAAAUCCUGGAUUUGGUUUUAGUCAAUGUAAUGCACUUUUUUGUUUUUGUUUUUUUAGAUUCGUAUUUGUGUUACUUGUAUUUCUGUAUUUUAUUUGUUUUAAAAGUUGUUUUUUGCAUGGUAUAUUUUGUUUUUCUAAAUUAACUUUCUGUUGCUUUUCUUUGUUUCAUUUUUAUAGUGUAUGCCGUUACUCAGAACAAGAGUGCAUAGUAUGGAAAUAUUGAAUGUGGUUUCAAUAUUUGCUGAUUCUGGUUUGAGCUCAUUCCAUUUUCAGACUGUCAGGUUGCAAAAAGUGGAUCUGUAUAUGUAUAAAUAAAUAUGUAAAUAUGCUAUACAUGAUGACGUGUAGCUAAUCUAGAGGUUGGCUUGGCAGCACAGCAUUUUCUACAACCUCAACUUGACACGAUCAGUUGUUGUAUGAGCCUUAAUCACAGAAAGAAAAUUAUCUUGGUGUUUUGGUGUUUCAAACUGUUUUCAGCAUCUAGCAAAUAUAUAGCAUAAAAGGGAACUGGUUGAAUGGAGAUCAGCAAUUAGAUUAUUUUUUUGGGGGUUUGAUUGUCUUUCUUUAUGGUUUGUAGAAAAAAUAAAGUACAGUUUCUAUUGUCUUACAGUUUUCCAUCAGUGAUUACCAUUAAAAGUAAAAACAAAAUACAAAUUGGAGGGGGAGAAAUAAAGGUUAUUUUGUUGUUUUUCUUAAAAUUGUAUAAAAUUCUUACAUUUAACAUCAGUUUGUUAUUUUUAAAUAAAUAUAACUAGCAUAUUAGGUUAAGUAGCAUAUCAGGUGUCUGUCAGUUCGACUAGUGUUAUUCAAAAGUAUUUUUCCCUCAUAACUUAGUGCAUGUAAUGUUCAACAUUGAAAUACCACAUCAUAACAUUAAAAAUAUCUAAUAAAAGGUCAUUGGUCCAGUUUUAUGGGUUUACAUGAUGUAAUAUGCAGCAAUUUUUAUGAUUAAGGGUUUCUUUUUGGCAUGUUUUAUUAUUAUUAUCUUUUUCUCAUAAUUCAAUUGCGUAAAAUGUUUCUUUUACCUUGUGUAGGUUUUAGGCCUUGUAAGUUAAAUGAUAACACAUUAAAUCAAGUUAUUAAAAUUUAAUUAUUGAUAUCAUUUCCUUCCUCAUUGUGAAAAUUUAAAGUCGUAUUUCCAGUGUCAUCCUUUCUUUUUUCUGACAGUUUUGGACACAGUUACUGCACCUGUAUUUUCAUGUGUGUUUGUGUACUUCAUGUUGUUGUUUUUACAGCACUUGUUUAUUCAGUUAAUAGGUUCUGGUUUACUGUGUGCCAUUUUUUUGAUUGAUGGUAAUCAAAUUGUCUGAUUUGGUCUUGAGCAUGCUGUUUGUUUCUCUGUGUAAAAAUAAAAUCCUAAGUAAACGUUAUUAUGAUUUAGUCUUGAACAUGUUUGUUUCUCUGUGUAAAGAUCAAAUCCCAAGUAAACAUUAGUUUGAUUUGGUCUUGAGCAUGUUUGUUUCUCUGUGUAAAGAACAAAUCCCAAGUAAACAUUAGUUUGAUUUGGUCUUGAGCAUGUUUGUUUCUCUGUGUAAAGAUCAAAUCCCAAGUAAACAUUAGUUUGAUUUGGUCUUGAGCAUGUUUGUUUCUCUGUGUAAAGAUCAAAUCCCAAGUAAACAUUAGUUUGAUUUGGUCUUGAACAUGUUUGUUUCUCUGUGUAAAGAUCAAAUCCCAAGUAAACAUUAGUCUUUGUCCUAAGUGUGUUGUUUGUUUCUCUGUGUAAAGAUCAUAUCUAAGGUAAACAUUAGUUGGAUUUGGUGUUGAACAUAUUGUUUGUUUUUCUGUAUAAAGAUCAAAUCCCAAGUAAACAUUAGUCUGAUUUGAUCUUGAGCAUGUUGGUUUUCUAUAUAAAGAUCAAAUCCUAGCUGAAUAAUAGUCUGAUUCUGAUCAUGUUUGUUUCUCUGUGUAUUGAUAAAAUCCCAGCUAAACAUUAGUCUGAUUUGUACUUGAGAAUGUUGUUUGUUUCUUUUGACGUUAAAGAAAAUAGAUUGUCAUUUGAAAGAGAAAAUAUUAAACCUGCUACAGACUAUUUAAUAGUCUACUUAUGGCUUUAGUGGUGAAAAAAAAAAAAGAAUCUGAUAGUUUCAUGAACAUUGCACUCAUUUGUGUUGUUUAAAAACACCUUGAUUUCUGCAUUAUUCUGUGCAACUUUUAAUGUUUCUCGUUUUCAACAGCUACACAUAUUUGAAAAAAGCAGAUUGCCCUUAGUUUUAUUUCAUUACAGCUGUCAGUUCCUACAGUCAGUAUCAAUGGAAUGCUUUAACCAAGGAGUUAAUAAGCAUGUUGAGAAAUAAAAGUAACUUAAAUGUUUGAACAUCAUUGUAUGUGUCUUACACCCUUAAAAUAAUUUUAAAGAUGUAUGUUCCUUUACUUUAUGUGAUUUGAUUUGUUUGUUUUUUCUUUAUGCAUGUAAUAAAUCUGUUUUCUAAAAUGUGAAAAAAAGAGGAACAAAUUUAAAAACUUCCUGACUGUGACAACUUUUUUUUGGGGGGGGGGGAAUCACACACCUUUUUAUGAAUUCAUCUGGUGCAAAACUAUAGAGUCUUCCUUUAUUCCUCUUUUAAGUUUUCAUCAAAAUAAUUGUUGUAAUAAGCACUGGAGACAAAAGGUAAUCUGAAAUGAAAUUUUAUUAUGUGUAAUAAAAUUACACAUUACACAUGUGUAAUCUACACAUUAUCUACAGAUGUCUGAAGUUUAUUUGUUUUUUAAGGGUGUCUCUUGAUUUUUUAAGCAUGCAAAGUGCCUAAAAUGUAGUAUUCACUGUUAGAUAAUACAACUUGUAUAUCGUAUACUAGUUAUAGCUAUUGAGAUAGGUUUUUAGUAUUGGAUUAUUGUUGUUCAAAGAUGUAAACAGAAAUAUAGUUUAGAUUUAGUCAGUCAAGGUGUUUACACUUCUUGUACACAGGUUCAUUUCCCCGUAUCAUGUUAAGAAAUCCUCAGAGUUAGACGUGUAAACAGAUCUAAUGUUGCAAGCAUCAGACCUAUGAAUGAGCUCACUAAAUUCAUUUAACUGAGGACAACUUAAUUAGUUCAUUUUUACUAUUCAGUCAGGCUAUAUUAAUAUUUAAUUUUAUACAAAUCAAACUGUUCUCAUUGGUUAAGAUAGGAAUAGAUAUACAUAAGUAAUUUAUCAUGUUUGGGUUUGUCUGCCAUUUUGUCAUGUAUCUGUAGUUAAUUAGUAUUUAAUUCAUGUUAGUAGGUGUUGCAAACGAAAAAGUAUAGUGUGCAGGGUGGCUGUUGUGCAAGAGAUGGCCUUGUUAGUUUAACGAUUUGGGUUCUAUUCUGGUUCCAUCUCACUUAAAUAGCUUAACAUAAAGCGUACUUGUCUUUUGAAAUAAACAGGAAUCUUGUUAUUCUUGAAAAUUGUUGAGUUACUUAAAGAUGUUUUGAAAUUGUUUUUUUAAGACUUUUUUUUUAACUUAGCAAAUUCAUAAUGAGCUACUUUAUUUAAAUAUCUUUAAAGAAAGAAAUAUUGGGAUAAUUAUUUUACGUUAGGAGUUUGCCUUUUUUUAUAUGGGAAAUGUGCACAAACUGAAACACUGAAAUAGUUUGCCAAACAUCAGGUAUGUCAACGAACACUAAUUUAUUGAAAAUGUAAAAAGAAAUCAUGAAUUAAUGAUUUUUAAGUAGUAUUUUCUGAUUACAAGAUUGUAAUAAGUCUAAAUCUGUAAUAAUGUAUGAUGGAAGAGGUUUAUUGUAGAUGGGAGGAUACGUGGUAAUAAUUAUGUAUGUCAAUUUACUGGAAACAAAAAACAAACAUUUCAUGUAUUUUUACUGGGAAAUUUAACCUCUAAAAAUAGUUUGUCCUUUAAUCUAUCCUAGAAAAUAGCAGUAACAAAUUGUACUUCAUAUUUAUACUAAGAAUAACAGGCUUUUGUUGACAGUCAAUAUAUGUAUAUCAGUGAAAUUAAAACAGAUCACUAAGAAAACACUUGGCAUGUAAGUUCCACUUAGAAAAAAACAAGCAUUUAUAUAGUUUUGGCAAGAGUAACACAGUUACAUGGGGAUGUGAUCAUAGAAAAUAUGGUAAUCAUAACUAUAACGAUACAAUGCAUAAAAUAAGAAAUACUGAACUUUUCGAUUACUCUUGUAUAAAUACUUUUUAAAACUUCUAAUACAGAAAGUUAUGGAUAAGAAUGUUCGACUAUUGGUAUUCUUAUCUGUAUGGCAAACUUGACAACAGAAUUGAUUGUGCUUUAUGCUCUUAACUCCCACUCACACUGUGAAGGACAAAAAGAAAAAAGUAUCAAAAGUGUAGCUGUAUGUGAAGUAGAACUUGUGCUUUGAUAGUAUGUUAAGUACAAAAAAUAUGCUGUUUUGAACUUUUUUGCCUUAGAUGUUUGAUUAGAUUUUUUUAAAGUUUAAAAUGUAUUUCUUUAGCUAAUAAUGUUACUAGUAAAAAUAAGUAAAUAUAUGAGGAAGGUGGAAUGAUAAUAUAUAUAUGUAUGUUUAGGUUUGGUAUAUGUUUUUUUUGUGUUUCAUAAAUUAGACAUGUUGAUGUGUACCUUUCAGAAUGUCCUGUUCGACUUUUAAUAAUUGUGGAAAGAUUUUGUAUUUAGCCUUAUUUCUUAUUAAUAAAAUUAGCUAAGAGAAUGAA